AUGGUGAUUUCCCUGGUUCUUGGCGCGGAAGUGGAUGUUGAUGUCGACGCUGAGUUCUUUGAGAUGAUUUACCAGAUGAAUCUUAUUACGGGCAAGACGUUAUCCGUUAGUAUCAAGACUCGCUGUCGCCUUAUGGAGGGCCGGGGACUGUCUAAGGCCGAUGGUUGGCAGCGGAAGUAUUUCUUUGUACGCGUUAGUCCUGCUUCUGUGGCUGAUUCUUCUGCGGUUUUUAGGACCGAGUGGAAUCCCGAGCCUGUGCCUCGUGGGAAAUUCCGGCUUCUUCCGUCAUGGGCGACCGAUCGCUUGAAUCAUAUUCUUCGUCCCGGGAGAAUUGCUUGGAUUGAUUUUACCGUUGAGCGCGUUCGUCGGAGUAUUCCUCGUAUUACUACCGCUUCUCGGGUGGUUACUUCCGGUCCUUCAACUGUUGCUGAGCCUUCUAAGACGAGAGGAGGUGCUUCCGCUGGUAAGAAAAUGGGGAAAGUUAAGAGGGACAUUCCCGUGUAUACUAAGGCUAUGAGCGAGACGCCUUCUGUUCUUCCGUCGGCGAGUCUGAAAGAGAGUGGUUCGUCUUCAGCCUUGGUUCCGGCUCCGGUUGUUAUCCCUCCUACCGAUCCUAAUGCUGACCCUUCCGUCGCGGCUAUUCAUUCUUCUCUUGACGAGACGACGGGUGGUGGUGAUCACCUAUCAAUGGUUGGUCUCUCCGAUCCUGAUGCUCCGACGGUUUCUCCGCCGGCGGCUCCCUCUCUCUUAGGUGCUCUAAUUGUCAGAGGUCUUGGGGCCGCAAGUUCUUCUGAGCGGCCUCCGUCUGGAGGUUCUAAGAAAAGGAAGAGGACGUUUGUUUUCGAAGAUCCUGAUUCUUCUUUGCUUACGCCUGAGGAUUGUGCAUGGUACUUGCAUAGUUUUCGUUUGUCGUCGAUUUUUUUGCCGGAUCUAGAGGAUAUGUCCUUUGUUCAGGAGUAUGUUGAGUGGGCUUCCUGCGAGGCUCAGUCGAAGAUAAAAGGAAAUCAUCUGGUGGGACUGUUCGAAGGGAAAUGCAGGCGUCUGUCUGACGAUCUCGAGGAGGAGCGUCGUCUCUUGGCUGAGGAGAAGGAGAGAUCGUCCGCCGCUCUUUUGUCUUUGAAAACUUCGGAGGAGAACUCGAUCAAACUUGAAGCCGAGAGUCGGGACUUGAGAGCUGAGGUCGGUCGUCUUAAGGGGGACAUCACCGAGCGGGACUAUCGCGAGAAAAAGUUGCUGUCUCAGAAGUUGGUUUUGGAGGCGGAAGUAGCGCAUCUGAAGGAGUCUCGUGCUGAGCUAGCGGAGUCGGAGAGGCGUCGUGUUGAGUCUGCUAUGCUUGCUCGUUUUGGUGAGUUUGUGGAGAAGGUGAGGAAGUACUUGUCUUAUCGGGAUGUAGUUCGUCCCCAGAUUUUGAUUGAGUCUCAGCUUUCACGGGUUGUUAGCUGCCUUAAAUUGUUCAUCAAGGAGGGGAUUCCUAUACCUGCGCCAAAGCUGGCCGAGAACGAGCAGGCUUUGGUGGUGCAUACGGCCGCUUUGAAUCAGAUGGAGGUGGAUGACUUGGAGAUAAGCGAUCUUCCGUCUUUUUCUUUUGACGCUGACUCGGUGAUCGAUUGUUCGUUUCUCCUUUGUGCUCUUUUUUGUAUGUAUAAGACUUUUAAGAAUGUUUGA